ACAAGGAAAAACUGAAAAUACACAAAGUUGAACUUCCAAACAACCUUGGGGCCCACUACGAAGCAUCUCCUGGUUGCAUUUGGGUGUUCCGGCGCCAAUUUCCGACCACCGUCGUCGCAUUCUCCGUCUUCAAAGCCUAAAGGAAUCGCCGAUUUUCCUAACCUACAACACCAUACAUUCGAAACCGUUUUCUCUCUCUAACUUCUUCUCUUUUGAUCUUGAGAGAGAAAGUGGAGAGAGAGAAGGAUGGCGAUUGAUGACGACCAGUCGAAAACUUGCGUCGUCCUCGGAGGCAGAAGCUUCAUUGGAAGAUGUCUCGUCGUGAGGCUAUUGAAACUAGGUAAUUGGAUCGUACGAGUUGCCGAUUCCGCUCAGACCCUCCAACUCGAUCCUUCCGAGUCCAAGCAUGACUCGCCUCUUAGCCGUGCUCUCUCUACUGGUCGUGCUUCCUAUGCACACGUUGAUGUUCGCCACAAAAGUACAAUCAUCAAUGCUAUUGAAGGUUCAGAAGUGGUAUUUUACAUGGAUGAUAUCGAUUCUUGCAAUAAUGAUUUCUAUAUUGGUUACUCAAUAAUUGUUCAAGGUGCUAAAAAUGUCAUCAAUGCUUGUAGACGAUGCAAAGUUCAUCGGCUAAUAUACAACAGUACUACAGAUGUAGUGAUUGAUAAAUCACAUGAUAUAUGCAGUGGAAAUGAGACAUUACUAUACUCAUCCAAAUUUAAGAACUUGUAUAGUGAACUGAAGGCUCAAGCAGAGGCAUUUGUUUUGCUUGCUAAUGACAUUGAUGGGGGGCUCCUUACAUGUUCUCUUCGCCCUAGCAAUGUUUUUGGACCUGGUGACAAGCUUCUUUUGCCAUCUCUUAUUGAAGUUGCAAAAUCUGGUUGGGCAAAGUUUAUUAUAGGAAGUGAUCAGACCAUUUCUGACUUCACAUACGUGGAAAAUGUCGCCCAUGCCCUUAUCUGUGCUGAAGCUGCUUUGUCUUCUCGCAUGCUCAUUGUGUCUGGAAAGGUAUUCUUCAUUACUAAUUUUGAGCCUGCAAAAUCUUGGCAAUUUGCAUUGUGUAUGCUGGAGGGGUUAGGUUAUUACAGGCCAAUCAUCAAACUUCCAGGUGUGGUUGUUCAGAUGAUUGUUUUUCUGAUAAAAUGGAUGCAUUCAAAUAUGAACUCCAGAAACAUUAAGAAUGUUUCAGUUUACAAUAUAGUCCAACUAAUGUCACACACUACAACUUAUAACUGCUCUGCAGCUGAGCGCCAUAUUGACUACUCCCCAAUCGUUUCACUGGAUGAUGGUAUUGCAUUGACUGUCAAAUCAUUCUCUCAUCUAGCUAAAGAUUUACCUUCUACAAGGCUUGGUGACUUAAUUGAACAAUCAAAAGUGGAGGAGCUGCUAGGGGGUGGUCAAGUUGCGGAUAUCUUAUUGUGGAGAAAUGAGAGGAGAUCAUUCUUAUGGUUUGUUGGAGUUGGAUUUCUGUAUUACUGGUUUUGUGUAUGUGAAAGAAUGAUGAUCUCCUCUACUGCUGAGCUUUUGCUGUUGAUGAUAGUUGUGGUGUCUGGAUAUGCUAAACUCUCACCAAAAGUCUAUGGAUGUGCUAGAUUGUCACCUAAAGUGUCGGUGUGUUCGAUCUGGAGGACAUUACCAUGUUUUGAGGUGUCUGAAACGUGUAUGAGGAGUUGUGUUAGAAGCAUGGUAAAGAUAUGGAAUGGAGUAGGUGAUGUAGGUAGAUCAUUGGCACAAGGAAAUGACUGGACUUUGUUUUUCAAGGUCGUAUUGUCAAUCUACUUUUUCAAGUUGCUGGUGGUGAACUCCUUCCCCACAUCAAUGGGAGUAGGGUUGGGGUUUUUGUUUAGUUUGUUGUUGGUUUAUGAGCAAUACGAUGUGGAAAUGGAUGGGUUGGUAGGGGUUUCAUUUGAAAUGAUGAGGCAAUGUGUUGUAAGUGUGACAAGUCGUAUACCUGUGCCAACACCAGCUCCUCUAUGUAUCAACACCACUACUACAAAAUCCAAGGAUCAGAGACACAACAAUUAGGGCAGUAGAACCAAAACUAAAAAUCUAGUAUAUUAGCUCCAUGACAUGUUUGUAUAUCAAAUUAAACAAGGCUAACCCUUUUUUCGUUACAAUAAUUCAAUCAAGUCUACUCUUUUUUUUGUCA